ACUCCACUGACAAGCAAGGGUGAAGAGUGAAGACACCACCAGUGUUCGUUGUUCAGGCUACCUCUAGCCUCGUUCAUGGGCAAGUUGAACUUUGUUUAAAGCGAUUGGCAUAAGUGUUCAGUGCUUGGAAAAGUGAUAUAUCAGUGUAUAACUCUCCUAACAAUGACCAGCCUCUAAUACAAUCGAUACAUCAUGUAUCAACGCGACUUUCGGCCAGGAGAUCUAGUCUGGUUUGACCCCGGCGUGGGUUAUGUCUUGCCUGGCGAGGUCAUGGAGUACCACAAGGCGGCUCAGGUUAUUACUGUGCAAGCUGUCAUCAACAACGUGUCCAAGACGUUCACCCUCAAUAACUUAAGCUCGGUGAAAAGUCGUCAAGAUUUGGGCCAAAACGGCGUGGACGACAUGAUCGUUUUGAGUGAUUUAAACGAAGCCUCGAUUUUGUGGAACUUGCGACUUCGUUAUGACAACAAUAACAUCUAUACCUACAUCGGAAGCAUUUUGGUCGCUGUCAACCCUUAUCGAAUGUUCGAUACCUAUGGAUUGGAUGUGGUGUCCAAAUACGAAGGCAAGAUCAUUGGCACGCUCCCUCCGCAUUUAUUCGCAGUGGGAGCCUCCGCCUAUCACCGACUUCUGGCCAAAAAUGGAGAGAACCAGGUGGUGAUUAUCACGGGCGAAUCUGGAGCGGGUAAGACAGAGAGCACCAAGUUGCUGAUGCAGUAUUUGGUGGCGGUCAACAAGAGUGCCUCCAAUUUGAUAACCGAGCAGAUCUUGGAGGCCUCGCCACUCUUGGAGAGCUUCGGAAAUGCCAAGUCAUUGCGCAAUGACAACUCGAGCCGAUUUGGCAAAUACGUGGAGAUCCUUUUCAAGGAUGGAAUCAUCUCAGGCGCUAAAAUCCAUGAGUAUCUCUUGGAGAAGUCUCGAAUCGUGAGUCAUGCGCCUGAGGAGAGGAACUAUCACAUCUUUUAUGAGAUGUUGGCAGGUCUGUCUCCCGAGCAACAACAAGGGUUGGGAUUGAUGACGGCGGAGAAGUAUUUCUAUCUGAAUCAAGGCGGACCCUGUGCUAUUGAUGGCAAAAACGAUAAGGAGGAUUUUGAGUCACUUCAAUCUGCAAUGCAGGUGCUGGGUUUCAAUCAAGAGGAAAGGGAUACCAUCUUCAAGAUCCUGGCUUCCAUCCUCCACUUGGGCAAUGUCUACUUUCAUCGCAAACAGUUGAGACAUGGACAAGAGGGCGUGGAAAUUGGAUCUGACGUGGAGAUCAAGUGGACCGCACACUUACUCCAGCUUAACAUCCAUGGGAUCUCCAAGGCUCUGAUCACCAAAUAUGUUGAUGUCCGCUCCGACGAAGUGUCCGCUCCUCUGAAUAUUGACCAAGCUCUGGACGCUCGAGACGCCAUUGCCAAAGCGUUGUAUAGCUCAUUAUUCACAUGGCUCAUCACCAGGGUGAAUAAGGUCUGCUCGAACAAGUCUCAUCGUCGGCAGGUGAAAAAUAUUAUCUCGAUCCUGGACAUGUUUGGGUUUGAAGACAUCAACGAAAACUCCUUUGAGCAACUGUGCAUCAACUUUGCCAAUGAGUCGCUCCAAUACCACUUCAAUAAGUUCAUCUUCAAGUUGGAACAAGCGGAGUAUGCCAAGGAAAAAAUUGAAUGGUCGCCCAUCCAUUACAAUGAUAAUCACGGAAUCAUUCAAAUGCUCUCGAAGAAACCUGUGGGGAUUUUUCACCUCCUAGAUGACGAGUCCAACUUCCCAAAGGCCACGGAUGUGUCCUUUUUGGAGAAAUGCCAUUACAACCACGCCCUGAACGAGCUCUAUUCCAGACCUAGGAUGUCGUCCAUGGAAUUUGGCAUCAAACACUACGCUGGUCAAAUUUGGUAUAAUGUGGAAGGGUUCCUGGAUAAGAAUCGAGACACCUUGCGCUACGAUGUUAUGGGGUUGCUUAUUAGCAGCCGUGACAAAAUGAUCAGCAAAAUGUUCCUGGACUUGCGGAACUUCCAAGAAGCCUCUAGAACCAUGAACAAACCUCAGGGGCACUUUGUUACCAUGAAACCUCGUACUCCCACGGUAGCAGCUAGAUUCCACGACUCGCUGAACAAUCUGCUCCAAACCAUGGCCAAUUGCAACCCGUUCUACAUUCGAUGCCUCAAACCUAAUGGCGAGAUGACCCCAAUGAAGUUCGACAUGCCCGUAGUUUUGGAGCAAUUGCGUUACACGGGAAUGCUCGAGACUAUUCGCAUCCGCAAAUCGGGAUAUCCCGUUCGUAUGAAGUACUCCGCGUUUGCCCAACGAUAUCGUUGCCUGCUCAAGGGAAUGAUUCCCCGAGGAGCUCCGACCAAGGAGAUCACCAGAGUGAUCUUGGAUAGAGAGCCCUCUCGUCAUCGCGAUCUUUAUGCCUUGGGAUCGCAUAAAAUCUUCUUACGAGAGGCUUUGGAGAAGAAGCUGGAGAGUGAACGCCAAGACAUCAUGGCUGUGGAGGUAAUCAAGAUCCAGCGCAUGGUCCGAGGUUACUUGGCUAGAAAGGAAUUCAAGACGAAGAAGGCCAAUGCCACCAAGAUCCAGUCCGUCUACCGAGGAUACCAAGUCCGCAAGGAGUACGACAAGGUCCGGAAGGGUGUGGUGGCCUUGCAAGCCCAAUACAGAAUGCGUCGUCAACAAUCCUUGUAUGGCGAAAUGAAGCAAGAAUUGAAGAGAAGGGCCGAACUGGAGACUAUUGCUCGUGAAGAGCGGAAGAAAAUGCGGGCCAUAUCGGAGGACCGAUUGUCCCAUCCGGGACGUAUCUCGGAACGAAGCCAAUCACGUUCUAAAACGGCAUCCCCAAGAAAUGCUCCAAUGCAAGCUGGAAGCCGUGCCGUGGCUAGUGUCAACCAAUUAGAGGUUCCCUCCGAGUUAGAGCACAUCCUUGGAAAGUUGGAUCAUUGGCAGCCCGUCAACACCGAAAAGAACCUGGCCAAGGUCUCUGGAGAAGUGGCGAAGAAGAAAGAGAAAUUCAAGCUUCCUCAUGAUAUUGACUACUACGUCUUUUCAAAGGUUGCCAAUGUUUACUUCAAGUCCCAUUUGUGGCAAAUGAAGAGGGAUCCGAUUAAGACUCCGUUCCUUUCGAAGAGCAAGGACUCGGAUUACAACGAAUCUCUGAGCAUCUUCAAAUUGAUCCUGAGGUUUAUGAAUGACGACAAACUGGGUGGGCUGAAGGAAAAGGUUUUGGCGGACUAUAUUGUCAAUAAGGGCAUUCAAAACGAAAAGCUCCGUGACGAGAUCUAUUGCCAAUUGGUUAAUCAGACCUGGAAGAAUGACAACGAGGAGAACUGCGAGAGAGGUUGGUUCCUGAUGAGCCAAUGCAUGUCUGCAUUCAAGCCCUCCAAGAUGCUCUACAAGUAUUUGAUCAAGUACUCCUCAGACCAUGGCUACAACGGAUACAAGAACGUCUGCCAAAGGAAGUUGCUCAAAUCCGGGAAAAUUGAAACUUCUCACGCCAGCCGGCAAUUCCCACCCACUAUGCUUGAGUACCGAGCAAAUAAGAAGCGAGUGAACCUAGCUUUGGAUGCUCAAUGUGCCGAUCGAUACUCCAAACAGACGGCCGUGGAUUCAUUCACCACAGCCGAGGAGUUUGCGGGUACACUGCUCAAGAAUCGAGGCAUCCCUGAGCUUCAAGGGUGGACAGUGUCAUUGGAGGAGGAAGAUAUGGCCAUGGAGGUCAACGGAGGGGACUUUGUUCUGGACGUGAUUGGCCAAAUCGAGGUGGCUCCAUCUUUCCCGGUCCAACCAGGAUCAUUCAUUGUCACCACGGACCGCUCUAAAGGACAAUUGCCGUUGCUGAUAAACACCGGCCCACACAACUAUCCAUCCAAAUUUAGAUAUGGAAGUGUCAGCCCCACGGAGAGAAUUGCGGCGGCCAUAACCAGGACCCAAAGAGCCCGGUCACAGGAUCGUUUGUUGGCUGAGUAUGGCAAUGAAGAAUUCGGUUUGAGCAAGUCAGCCUUGAAUGAGAGAUACUUUGGGGAGAAAACUGCCACCAAGAGCAGAUCCCUGGACAAUCUCUUGGGCAGUGAAACUGCCCCCGAUUCAUUUGGAUUGAGUCAAAGCCGAUUAAACAAGCGUUAUCGCAACCUUCCUGAUGUCCGGGACGGACAAGGAAGCAAUCAAUUUAUCAGUCCCGAGGACUUGGAAAUGGAGAGCAUCAGCCAGCGCGGCGGUGCCAGGGACAAAUGGGACGACAUUGGCCUGAGCAAGACACCUAUCAAUGAAAGAUACUUCAGUCAGCCUGAUCUGGACAAAGUGAACGCCCAGCCAAGUGAGGCUGAUGGAAGACGAUAUUCUGAAAAUGCUGCCCAGCGAGCCAGAUCUCAGUCCAAUAUCACCAAACUUGAUGGUAUAGAGAUUCCCAACUUUGAGUAUGCCGCCAACCCUGAGGAGCUCAGAGGAACUAGCACUAGCCAAGGUCCCUCGGGAAUAGGUGGAACUAGUGCUGGUGGAGCUCAAGUCGGUGGACGAAAGCUACAUGGCCACCCAAGAUAUGUCAAAGGGCAAGGUCGACGAGGGCGCUACGACAAAUCUUCGGCCAUGUCCGACACAUCUGAAGCUCCCUCCAUUGCAAGUCACGUACGAGGGGUCCGUGUUCCCAGCCAGGCCUCGGAUGUAGACCAAUUCUUGGAUGACUUAUUCAUGCCCGUCUUGGAUGGAACCAAUGAUGAUGGGCUGUCGGAUGCCAGAUCCCUGGCCGCCUCCAUGAGAGGAGGAGGAAUGAAGAAGGAGGACAAUGACUUGGAGAUUCAAACGUUUUCUCGACAGAACUCUUUGAAGAGAAGAUCAAUCCUCAAGCAAGGAUUGGAAGACUUGGAUUGGAAGGAUUUGGAGAUCCUUGGCCUAGCUGAAGACAUUGCCCAGGCGUUGAGGGGUGGGAAAGACGGCACCCAAGAUUCCAAUAAAGACCAGGAAUACGUUCCCACCAACUCGCCAAUGGGAUUCCAACCGAUUCCGGGCGUUGUCUCUCCGACUCCAAAUAUGAGUGGUAUGAUGUCACCACCUCCAAUGCUUAUGCCCACUCCAGUUCAUUCUCUCAUGAACAACGCCCAGAGUUUGACCUCUCCCUUGUUCAUGCAAGGUCCUCAAAUGGGAACUGGUUACCCCGGAUCUACGACCCCGGACCCCAAUGCCCAGCCUGCAAUGGCGUUCACUUACGUGCCAGUCCCUGUAUAUAAUAUGGGUGGUAUGAGCUUACCUGGUUUCCAAGGUAUGAUGCCACCCGGCACCUUCCCUCCAUCAGGAAUCAUCUCACCGGAACCGAUGUCACCAGUGCCACCAAAAGUGGAUUCCCAUCAAGCACAAGGUGGCCAAGAUGACCGACAGAGAAAUACUGGCAGUGCCACUCCUGGCGACCAAUCAGCUCAACAAAUGGCUUAUCAACAGGCGUUCCUUCAGAAUGCAGUGGCACAAAAUAUGCAGAUCCAACAACAGCUCUUAAUGCAAAAUCAAGCGCUGACCCAGCUGCUCCAACAAUCCGCUCCUGGGAGCAACAUGACCUAUAGCAGUCCCAUGCAAUCAAUGACGAUGCAACAUAAUCAAACUAAGAUGACCACAAGUCAAAGCUCGCAUGGCUUUGGAGUCCAACCACGGCAAUCGUCUUUGGAGAGAGAGACCUUCAAGCCAGGCAAGUUAAGUGAAGCCCAACUAAGAACUCAAUUUGAAGAGUAUCAUAAGCACCAUGGUGAUAGACUACGGCUCUCUGAACACCAAGUCCAAGAGUAUUACCAAAUGUUUUGCCGACAAGCCAAUAUCUCCGAAAAGAGUGACGCCCAAGUUCAAGAGGCUUUCCAGGAUUACCUGAAGGAUCUUCAUUUGGCCCAAGUUCAUCAAAGUGAGUCGGAACAGUACUCUCCUUACGACAAGUUAACGGAACAGGAACUGCAGAAUCAAUAUAAGGAAUACUUGAAACAAAAUCAGGGUGACCAAAACCAUGAUCAGCUCACUGAAACUGAAUUUAGAAAGCAGUUCCAGGCCCAACUUAGUGAACAGUUCCCGCAGCAUACCUUUUUUGGGAUGAGCAGUGACACUCAACAACACAGGCGCAUCUCUGCUGACCAGCUAGAAGGACCGGGUCAACGAGGACACCAUGAAAUGGACCUGGAGGCCAGAAAUAAGUCCAAAAGUUUCCCAAACACCCCCAAGAUAUCAUCAACGCAUGCUCCAGAUCCUGGACUCUUGCCACAUGGUCCCAUGGACCCUUACUCGCGAGCCAGGACCGUUCGCAUCGGAAAAUGGAGAUGGCCUCCACCCAAAGACCUCAUGGGGGAAAAUGGCGAAGGAUUCUUCGAGUUCAAAAUGAGGAAGAUGCAAGAGCGCAAGAUCUCGCAAGAUCGACAAGGUCAAAGAGAGCCAGAGCAAGUUGAACGUAGCUCUACCAAAGGAUCUAAGAAGAAGUCCAAGAGUGGUACUGACAUGACUUCAGACUCCAGCUCAUCAAGUAGUAGCUCGUCCUCCUCUUCGGAUUCUUCCUCAAGUUCAGAGAGUUCUAGUGAGGAACUGACUUGGGAUGACAGCGCCAAAAUUGAGAAGCGUAAGAAACGCAUCAAGCGCUCCCAAAUCCCUUCGUUUGGAUCCGAUGUGGAGGAUGACCAAGUUAUAAGAAGGUCCUCCAAGUCCUCCUCGAAAGCAGAAGGGAAGAAAAAAAAGAACAAGAAGCACAAGGAUAAGAAAGAGAAGAAGAGCAAAAAAGAGAAACGUAGGGACGAGGAUUUGGAUCCCUCUGAAGACAAAGACCACAAGGAAGGUGUUGGGAAACUAAAACUAAGUGACGAGAUGAAACUCAAGUUGGAGGCUGUCACAGGUGGAAGCAGAAAGAGCUCCAUGAGCUCCAGUCGAGAUUCCAAAGAGCGAACUCCCAUGGGGACCUUUGGCGAUGGUGGUUCUGAAGGCGAGAAAGAAGUGAAAAAAAUUGAAGAGAACCGAAAACUGCUGCUCGAGCAAAAACUUGGCGGAGGGAAACUAAAAAAAUGGGACACAGUAGAUGAGGUUCACCGAUCCAUAAAAGAUAUCCCAGAUGCGCCCAAUAGAAAGCAUUCACGCCCUGGAGAGAUACCCUUACCACCGCCGCCUCCUCCCACUCAUCACGCAAACACAAAUACCAAUAGUGGGGGUGGAGGAGGAUUCUUUUCAGGCCUUAAAAUGCCUCUGCAUUUCCCGAAAAAGAAGAAGAAAGCCGAGAAAGAGAAGAAAGAACAAGCCGAGGAGAUCAAACCUUUGGAGAAGGCCCCGUCCUCGGCGUCCAGUCGGUCAUCCUCGAGCUCAUCAAGUUCUGCCUACUCUCCAGAAGGAUCUCUGCCUGACCCAAGAGUUCUACCCCCUCCAAUCAAACCUCAGGGAGGCUUCCAAAUCCGACGACCUUCAGUGGACACUCAGCAAACUGACCGAACGGAGAAGUACGAUAUUGAGGAGAGCUCUGAGUUUCUACAACCAAUGGAUUCUGGCCGUGCGGCUGUGGAUGAGGAUGAUUAUCAGACCUUGGAGGACAUCAAGACCACGGCUCAUCCUCCGUACUCGCAGACCUUCUUUGGAUACAAUAGGAUACCUUGGAACUUAAAGAUACGCAAAGAGAUGUUCUCUCCCUCAGAAUCAAUCAGUUCACCAUUGGCCAUCAACCUCGUGUUCUGCCAGAUCGUGCAAGACGUCUUUUCUCCGCUUUGCAUACGACUUACCACUGAGGAACGAUCCCGUAUGAAGACCUUGCUGGACGAGUACGACAUAGAUCUCAAAAACGCCCUUGAGCCUCAGCACAAGCUCAGCACGAAGAAGAACAUCAUUGAGAUGGCCAAGGACUUCAGUGUCUACUUUUCGCGUCUUUACCCCGUCUCUAAUGACUUGCCAACCGAUCAAAAUGCUCCCUCGGGAAAAGAGCCUCAAUACUUGGCGGUGUCUCAUUCAGGUGUGAGGUUGGUCAAACGUCAAAAGAGUCUUCCCACUGACUAUUUCGAGGUUUUGGAUACGUAUAAUUACGAAGACAUUGGUGAAGUGAGUACCAUCAAGAACAAUGGGGUUCAACUGGUUAUGCACCAGGGUGAUCGCGUGGUGAUUCACACAGAUAAAGCAGCUCAAUUGAAAGACCUUCUCAAUCAAUACAUAAUUGAGUCCAAUUCCGGUCAAUUUGACUAUGUGAAGGCCCUAGCGGAUUUCACUAGUCGCGAUGAGAGCACUCUCAAUUUCAAGAAAGGGGAAAUCAUUGCAGUGGUCCAAAAACACGACGCAUACACCGAAAAGGGUUGGUUAUACGGCAUAAAAGACGGCCAAUACGGACUGUUCCCUUCGGAUUUCGUGGAACGCAUGUCUCCCCAAGCCAUUCGAAGAGAGAUGAGGGUGAUCGCCAAUGUGACCCGAACCUCCAAUGCGGAUUUGGGUCGUCGUCCCAAUUCCGAAGAGGAUGAGGACGAGGAAAGCUUUGGCGAUGAUGAGGAAGAGAUCCGCGUCAAGAAUGAGACCAUUCCAUUACACCAAGUGAAGCCCAGGCACGACCAAGUCGAGCUUGAUUACAAUGGACAAGCUGAGGAUGGUUGGGAUGGCAAGAAACGUAUCAAGACCCUAAGAUCAAACCCUACCUCGGACCAGGGAAUGCAUGAUGAUAUUUCAGAGCUCUCUGCUACCGCUGCCAAGAUCAGUAAUGAUGGCAAACACCCUCUAUUGGAGUUUGCGAUGAGAUAUUUCCGUGAAAAAGAGAAAUUCGAAAUGCUUCAAUCCAGUGAUGGGAAUGCCAGCAAUAAAGACCAGACCAACACGAAGAAGAACAAGAAAAACAAAAAGAAGAAGAAUUCCAUGGCUGGAAAUGGGCUUGAUGGCGGGUGGACCUGGAAAGAUCAGGUGGACAUGGUCAAAUGGGCCGAAAAACCUAUCAAUAACUCCCUUCUCAGUCUGGAGCCUUCGGAUAUCAACAAGAUGGCUUUGGAGUGCUUUGCCUGCAUCAUGAGAUACAUGGGAGACUUACCAUUGUUGAAGAACCAACACGAGGUGGAUUGUGUGAACACCAUUCUAAUGUACUGCCACAAGUUUGAGUCCAUCCGCGAUGAAGUCUAUUGCCAGAUCAUGAAGCAGACCACGAACAACAAGUCUCCAAUUAAGGAUUCGUGCCAAAAGGGUUGGCGCCUCUUCUCCAUCAUUGCGGCCUACUUCAAUUGCUCGGACUUGCUGCAACCUUUCUUGUUCAAAUACUUGGAAACGGCGGCAUACGAUAAACGAAGGGCGUACCAUGGCACCGCCUUGGUUUGCCUUCACAACUUGAGGAAGACCUUCAAGUAUGGCGGUCGAAAGAAUGUGCCAAGCAUUGAAGAGAUCACGGCUAUCAGCGCAGGGCGGAGCUCAAAACGACAGAUUUACAGGCUACCCGGUGGAACGGAGAGGGUAAUCAAUACUAAGUCUACCACUGUGGUGGAAAACAUUAUUGAGGAACUAUGCAACGUCAUUGGAGUUGAGUCAGACAAUGAAAAGGAGGAGUUCUCUCUGUACUGUAUUGUGGAAGGCGAGACCUUCACUGUUCCGCUGGCCAAGGAACAUUACAUUCUAGACGUAACCACAGAGCUGCAACGAGAUGGGGCCGUCUACUACUUGAUCUUCUGUCGUUCCGUCUGGUACUACCCACUCCGGUUAGAGAACCAGCUCUACAUUGAAGUGGUUUUCAACCAGAUUGCACCAGACUAUUUGGAAGGCUUGCUUCUUGUUAUGCCAGGAGAGCAAAUUGAACAAGACUUUGUCUUCGACAUCGCAAAGGUGGCGGCUUUGCUCCAUCGCGCAGCUGAUAUGGACCACAAGCCCACCAUCAAGGAGACCAAGUUCCUUUUGCCCAAACCAGCCUUAUCUACCCAACACAUCAAACCCCCACAAUGGGUGAGCAUGGUGCAAACCAGUUGGGAGGACAUCAAAACACUCAAACCCAGCAAUGCUAAGGCACAAGUCCUGGAUAUCCUUAGUGAAUGGCCGCUCUUUGGAUCCAGUUUCUUUGCAGUCCGAAGAGAAGCCGAUCCCAAAGAGGGUUCGGAGCACAUUCUGGCUCUGAAUAAGAACGGUGUGAGCUUCCUGGAUCUCAUUACCCAUGAGACCAUGCUCCAUUAUCCCUUUACGGAAGUGAUCUCCACUAGGAAAGUGCAGACAGAAGAUGGAACUCUCUUCCUGGACAUGAAAUGUGGUAACCUCAUGCAACAGAGAAUCACCCGCAUCCAAACAGAGCAAGCCAACGAGAUUGCCAGGUUGAUUCGUCAAUACAUAACUAUUGAUCAGAGACUCCGUGGAACCUUACCGGCCACUACUGGCUCGACAAAUAGGAAAACCCCGGAAAGAUUAGAAGACAAGCGCCAAACCCCAUCUAGAUAAUCCUGGAAUACCUUCCCUCAUUACUUGUAAAUCAUGAUUGCAUACAAUUUCGAAUCAAGUUUGUUCUCUGUAUCAUAAAAUAAAAUCAGUCCCGUUUUGCCAUUA